AGUCUAUGGAGUACCAACCGUUGCCAUAACUGAAUUCAUCAUAAGUUAGGUAAGGAAACAAAGCCAUCCAUCCGUCCAAAAAAGGUAGGAGGAUCCAUUAAUCAGGUCAUUCAUUACCAUUUCACUUCUUCAAUCUUCACCAAAUUCUCUUUACUCUACAUAACCGAAUACAGAAGAUAAAUACCUAGCAAGUUCUCAGUCCCCUCUCCCCUCGCCGAGUAAACCGAGGUGGUCAAGUCCUCACUCCACCUAUUACUUUUUGCUUCACAGGAAGAGUACGUCAUUGAGGGGAACGUGACAUUACACGUAUCCACACGCAAAAAGAUAUAAAGACAUCGCGGUCGACUUCUACUUAACGUCUCUCUUCAAAGCAGUAACUAACAGAGGAAUUGAUUCAUCAGUUAGGACCUCAUUUCAUCCAACAUGACGACCUUCAUUCCCAGCUUAACGCUGCCGGCAUCCAUAUUUGCCAACCCAACCGCUUCCAUUCUCCUCCCAGUUACUCUUGGUACUGCUGUUGGUUUCGCAGUUAGCCGUACGUAUUUACAUCCUAUUCUUUGAAUCCUCAUGUUUCGUCCAGAUUAUGCACAAUGAGGAUAUCCUCGAGGAGAUUAUACAAUUGGGAGCAAUAUGCCAAUCCCUUAAAACAAUACACUAACAUCCUUCCAGCAAAAAAGACUCAAAAAACCUACAUGGCACUCAAACAACCUCCCUACCGUCCACCUCCAUAUGUCUUCGGUCCCGCAUGGACUCUUCUCUACGGUCUCAUGGGAUUCUCUGCCUACCGCGCAUACUCCACCGGAAUGAACCCUCUGGCUUCUACUGAAAAACAUCUCCUCACCAAACAAGGCGCGACACUCUACACAAUUCAGUAAGUGAUACCUCUCUCGGACCUAUUUAAGCAGCCGCUUCAUACCCAAAUCGCUCCCUCACGUAGAAACCCAACUAACAUAUUUCCUCAGACUCGGCCUAAACCUAAUCUGGACACCCCUCUUCUUCAAGCUCAAGCGUCCCGUCCUCGCUACCGUUGACAUUGUCACCCUCACCGGCGUCGUCUCGUACCUCACCUAUACCUGGAGCAAAGUCGACCCAGUUGCCGCAUGGGCACUCGCUCCCUACCUCGGCUGGCUCGGAUUCGCUACCUAUCUAUGCGCCGGAGUUGGUUACUUGAACGACUGGGACAUCAGUGACAAGGAGGUGAAGAAGAGCCCCGAAGGAAAGGACACAAAGUACGUAGAUGAGAAGGAGGAAUAAAUGGUAACGCGAAGCGGGUAUGGAUAUGCACGGGAGGUGUUUCCGCCAUCCAAAUGCUUUGCAAACUCCUAGAACCCCUCCUACUACCUAGGCAGAUGAACUUUGGCGCGCAAAAUGGGCACAACAGCACGGUUUUGGCAUAUAUUUAAUGGGAAGCGAGUACUAAGUUUGUCGACGAAUGCGGAUAUGCACUAAAUUGAUCGUUUUCAGAUAUUAUACCACAUAUUUUAAUCAUGAAAUACUUACUUGCAACAAAACCAAA